UCGUUGAAUAAAAAUCAUUCCUAGAAGUACAAAAUAGUCAAAGAGUAAAAAUCUUCGCAAAAUCAAAAUCUGAAACCCUGCGAGCAUUUUCCUUUCCAGAAACACGGCGUUCACGCAGCCUUUUCACCAAUUACCUUCCUCAACCUAAACCUACCAGUUCCACAUAACAAUAUUUUCAUUUUCCCUCUAUUUUCAUUACAAUUCACAAUAGUACUUCAAUCCAAUCAUCAACAUCAUCAUCUUCAUCAACGUAACAACAACGAAACUACGAAUUGGCGAUGCAAUUUUGUUCCUUUUUCUGAACAAUAGCUGAACAAUCAAAUGGCGCAUUCUUUCGGUCAAGCCGAAAUUAAUUGGGACAAGCUAGAUAAGACUAAGUUCUAUGUGGUAGGAGCUGGACUCUUUACCGGUGUUACAGUAGCACUUUAUCCGGUUUCAGUUGUGAAAACUAGGCUGCAGGUUGCAACUAAGGGGGCUGUAGAGAAAAAUGCCUUUUCUGUUGCAAAAGGAUUACUUAAAACAGAUGGAAUUCCUGGUCUGUAUAAAGGAUUUGGUACGGUUAUCACUGGUGCAAUACCGGCCAGAAUCAUAUUCAUGUCGGUUCUAGAGACCACAAAGGUGUAUGCCUUCAAAAUGGUGAAACCAUUUGGACUAUCUGAAACUACUCAGGCUGCCUUAGCAAAUGGAUUUGCAGGCAUGACAUCAUCACUUUUUGCUCAAUCUGUGUUUGUACCAAUUGAUGUGGUUAGCCAAAAAUUGAUGGUGCAAGGAUACUCAGGCCAUGCCCAAUAUAGUGGGGGUCUGGAUGUUGCUCGUAAGAUUAUAAGGUCUAAUGGCAUUAAGGGAUUGUAUCGAGGGUUUGGCCUUUCUGUUGUUACUUAUGCACCUUCUAGCGCAGUUUGGUGGGCAAGUUAUGGUUCAAGCCAACGGUUCAUUUGGAGAUUUUUGGACCAAGGUGCCAAACAUGAUGAAGGCACUCCCAGUGUGCUGAAGAUUGUAUCAGUUCAGGCUGCGGGAGGGAUUAUUGCCGGUGCAACUGCUUCCUGCAUAACAACGCCAUUUGAUACUAUCAAGACACGGUUACAGGUGAUGGGACAUGAAAAUAAAAGCUCUAUAAAAAAAGUUACUAAAGAUUUAAUCAAACAAGAUGGUUGGAAAGGCCUAUAUAGAGGGUUUGGUCCAAGAUUUUUUAGCAUGUCAGCGUGGGGCACGUCAAUGAUAUUGACUUACGAAUAUCUGAAACGAUUAUGCGCAAUAGAAGAAUAGAUUCAAUUGUCCUGCAAGUUCGUCUUCCAUUGAUUAAGCCAAUAUUUGGAUGGUAAUGUUGUUGUAGAAGUUCACAGUAACUUUAACCCUACACCGGCAACACAGGAGUUGUUUUUCGUCAUUUUUUCCGUCUCGACUUUAGGGUUAAACAUUAAGCAGCAAAGCUCUACUUCCAGAUUUUUCUGAAAAUAAUUGCUGAAUAUACUAGGAAAUUAUAGUUCCAUUCUUUAUGAUUAAAUUGGAUUUGCUGUAACAUUUUUUUUAGCUUUUCGGUGGAUUAUAUUCAUAUGUAUCACGAAAGGGAAAGAAUUAGAUUGCAAUUGUGAAGAAUAAAUUUGAAACUAAGAAAUCUUAUUUGUUCCAUAUACAAAUAGGAGAAGUUAUUGCCA